AUGGCCAAAGAUACAUACCUCAAAAAAGUUUUAGGAUGUCUGAAUUUUGAAAAGAUUCGAACCGAAAAAGUUUUAAUGGUUGGAGCAGGAGGAAUAGGAUGUGAAUUAUUGAAAGACUUAGUAUUAACUGGAUAUGGAGAAAUACAUAUAAUAGAUUUAGAUACAAUCACAUUAUCAAACUUAAAUCGUCAAUUUUUAUUUAGAAAAACAGAUAUAGAUAAGUCAAAGUCUUUGACAGUUAAAAAGGCAGUGGAAUCUUUCAAUUAUCUUGGUACCAAAUUAGUUUCACAUCAUGGAAAUAUUAUGGAUAAAACUCAAUUUCCCUUGGAGUGGUGGGAACAAUUUAGUUGUAUUUAUAAUGCUUUAGAUAAUAUUGAAGCAAGGAAAUAUGUUAAUAAAAUGUGUUUAUUUUUGAGAAAACCGUUAAUGGAAUGUGGAACAGAAGGAUAUCAAGGUCAUGUAAAUCCAAUAUUUCCAUAUUACAGUUCAUGUUUUGAUUGUGAACAACACACAGCUCCGAAAACUUAUCCAGUUUGUACCAUCAGAUCUACACCUUCAUUACCAGUACAUUGCAUCACAUGGGCGAAAGAAUUUUUAUUUCAUCAAUUGUUUGACGAAAGCGAAGGUGAUAAUGAAAGUAAACUAAACGAUUCUAAGGCUAUUGAAAAUGAAACUGAUAAUAAUGAGGAGAUUGAAAAUUUAGCCAAAGAAGCAAACGAAUUGAUGGAGCUACGUGAAAAAAUUAAAAACUCAAAUGAUUUUGUUGAAAGUUUAAUUGAAAAAAUCUUUAAAGUUGAUAUUGAAAGAUUAUUGUUGAUUGAUACUUUAUGGACAACUAGAGAAAAACCGACUCCUUUGGAUCUCACAAAAGAUGGUAAAGGUUUAUAUGAAUUAUUGAAAGACGAUUCAAAUGAGAAAAUAUUAUUAAAGGAUCAAAAGACUUGGUCGGUACUUGAAAACUUAUACGCGUUGUACAAAUCAAGUUCAAGGCUACAGUCAAGACUAAAAAGCGGAGAACCAUUUGUGUCUUUUGAUAAAGAUGAUGAAGAUACGUUAGUGUUUGUUGCAGCUGCCUCAAAUUUAAGAUCACACAUUUUCAAUAUUCCAACUAAAUCAAAGUUUGAUAUUAAGGAAAUAGCUGGUAAUAUUAUCCCAGCCAUUGCCACGACGAAUGCAAUCAUAGCUGGGUUUUCAGCAGUUUCUGGUUUAAACGUUCAUCAAUCAAACACGGAUAUUGCAGAACUUGCGAGAACUUCAAGUAUAAUGCAUACUUGCCUCAAACCAAAACAAUACAUAACACACGCUCCAGUGGACAUACCAAACCCCAACUGUGCGGCAUGUUCAUUAGUGUCUAGAGGAAUUUUCAAUAUUAACAAAAAUGAUUAUGAAACAUUAACUUUAAGUUGGCUUGUUGAACAAUUAGUCAAAUUAUAUAAAUUUUCCGAAGAAGAUAUUUCUAUACAAGUUGGGCUAUCUAAGUUAAUCUACGAUAUUGAUUUUGAUGAUUAUUUGAACACAAAAUUAUCAAAAGUUCCAGGUUUUAAACCUACUGAAAUUAUUUUAAUUCAAGAUGAUUCAGAUGAGUUGGAAAAUCUUGAGUUAUAUCUAAAUGUUGGAGAUGAAGUCGAAACAAAAUUACCGGAAAUAAAAUUACGAGCCAAAAGAAAACCAAGUGAAAAUUCUAAUGUUUCAGGAAAUGAUGAGCCAGAGCUAGAAGAUGGAUUGGAGGUUAUAGAAGGUGAUUUGGAUGACGAGCAAGUCAUUGAAAUCAUUGAUGCACCAGAAGAAGUUAACGAAGAACCACCAACAAAGAAAAGGAAGGUUAUAUAG